CACGGGCCCGCGCCCGCCCUUUCCCGAGCUCCGCCGCGCGAGACUUCACGCCUCCUCUGCGAGGAGCCGAGGGGCGUCGCUAUGCAAAUCAGGGGGCGGGGCUAUGCAAACCUCCCCGGGCUCUCGCGGCGGGAAGCGGCGGCAGGGUCUCUUUUCCCAGCGUUCCUGUGCAUUCCCAAGAUGCAGGCAGACUCGCUCCUUCACAGUGGCUACUUCCACCCUGUGCUGCGCUCGUGGCAGUGCACAGCCACCACCUUCAAUGCUUCCAACCUUAUCUACCCCAUCUUUGUCACAGUGCUCGUGUUCUGUCCCAUCCUCCCUCUGCAGUGACAGCCCUGAUGCGGUGGAGCCGAUUGCCAGCCUCCCUGGACAGGCCAGGUAUGGAGUCAACAAGCUGGAGGAGAUGCUGCAACCCCUUGUUGAGGACGGUCUGAAGUGUGUGCUCAUCUUCGGGGUGCCCAGCAAGGUCCCUAAGGAUGAGAGAGGCUCUGCUGCAGAUGCAGAAGACACGCCUGCCAUCCAGGCCAUCAGGAAGAUCUGUUCCACCUUCCCAGAGCUGCUUAUUGCCUGUGAUGUCUGCUUGUGCCCUUACACCUCCCAUGGGCACUGCGGCAUCCUGCGGGAAGAUGGCACCAUCCAGAAUGAGGCCAGUUGCCAGCGGCUAGCAGAAGUGGCACUGGCUUAUGCCCAAGCAGGCUGCCACAUCGUUGCCCCCUCGGAUAUGAUGGAUGGGCGCAUUGCAGCCAUUAAGAAGGCUCUGAUCUCCAACGACAUGGGCAACAAGGUUUCAGUGAUGAGCUACAGUGCCAAGUUUGCUUCCUGCUUCUACGGGCCCUUCAGGGAUGCUGCACAAUCCAAACCUGCCUUUGGAGAUCGGCGCUGCUACCAGCUGCCCCCAGGUGCCCGUGGCCUGGCACUGCGAGCUGUGGACCGGGAUGUGCGUGAGGGUGCAGACAUGCUGAUGGUGAAGCCUGGGAUGCCCUACCUGGACCUCGUGCGGGACGUCAAGGAGCGGCACCCCACGCACCCACUGGCCGUGUACCACGUCUCGGGCGAGUUCGCCAUGCUGUGGCACGGGGCACAGGCGGGCGCCUUCAGCCUGAGGGCCGCGGUCAUGGAGGCCAUGGCCGCCUUUCGGCGUGCAGGGGCCGACACCAUCAUCACGUACUUCGCGCCGCAGCUGCUGCGCUGGCUGAGGGAGGAGGCGGCGGUGGGGCGGGCCUGAGCCGGCAGGCGGGCCCAGAAGCGCCGGGGGCCGGAACCGGAAGCGCCUGUGCCGGAAGCGGAAGCGCAGGGGUGGAGCGGCGCUCCUCGGCCCGGCCCCGCGGCGCCGGCCUGGGGCACAGUGUGGGCAGCAGCGCGGCCGGGGCAGAGCGGGGCGGUGUCUCCCCGUCCUGCCCCAGAGCGGGGCUGAUGCCCCCAAGCGCCGGUGAAGCCGGGACUAACGUGGCCCUCCGAUGCGUCAGGCUCUCGCCCCCGUGCGUGCUGUAGGUUCCCUUUAGUCCUAACUUUGACCAAA